UCCAGCUUUAAUGGCAAUGUGGCACCACCACAUUUCAACCUAUAGCAGCAAGCAUAAAGUUGUGAAGAAUGGAGGAGGAGGAGGAAGAGGAGGAGGUGACGGAUUUAUUUAAAAAUUCUUAAAGCCCACCACAUAAAGGGGGACCAUGAUUGACACGACACACCUUGAAUUACUCAAAUUUUUACCCAAUUCAAAUCAGACAGCCAGCAUUCAUGAAGCAACCACCCCCUUUAUUACCCUCCCAGCAAUCCAGGCUGAGCCAAAGAUCCCUCCUUUCCCCUACCCUGAUAUUUCAAAUCCAUGCCUGAAAAUCAAUUUUGCAGGAUAGAUUCAUCAACAACCCUUUUGCAAACCGUCAAGUUUUAGCUUACCAGCGGUUUGCUCCUUCAAUUUAUCUUUGGCCAAAAAGAAUGGCAGACUUACCAGUAAAAUGGUGGUGCUUGCUUCUUGUCUUCUCACUGCUCCAUGCUUCUUCCACCAUUUUAGCAUCAUCUGAAACAAACAGCAAAGCAACAAAAAAGACAUACAUAAUAUACAUGAAUAACGAGGCAAAACCUGACGAAUUCACCGACCACAAGCAAUGGUAUUCCUCGAUGAUAAAAUCAGCAGCAGCAGCAGGAAUUGAGGCGGCGGAAGACAGCCACGAAGAGGAAGAGGAAGAGGAUAGAAUAAUCUACAAUUACCAGACGGCAUUUCACGGCGUCGCUGCUCAGCUAACGGAGGAAGAAUUGCAAAGGCUGCAAGAACAAGACGGUGUCACGGCGGUAUUCCCUGAAACCGUGUACCAGCUCCACACCACCAGAAGCCCUUUGUUCCUCGGCCUGGAACACGAAGACAGCACGAGCGCCCUGUCGAAUGAAUUAUCCAACCACGAUGUGGUCGUCGGCGUCCUGGACACCGGAAUCUGGCCGGAGAGCCCCAGCUUCAAUGACUCAGGCAUGCGUCCAGUUCCAGGGCGCUGGAAAGGGGCCUGCGAAAUCGGCCGCGGAUUCGCCAGACAUCACUGCAACAGGAAGAUUGUCGGUGCAAGAAUGUUCUACCGAGGGUAUGAGGCAGCUUCAGGGAAGAUCAAUGAGGAAGAAGAAUUCAAGUCUCCGAGGGAUCAAGAUGGCCAUGGCACGCACACAGCAGCAACUGUUGCCGGCACACCUGUUCCCGGUGCAAAUCUGCUCGGCUAUGCCUACGGCACCGCUCGGGGAAUGGCUCCGGGGGCGAGAGUUGCUGCCUACAAGGUGUGCUGGACGGGAGGCUGUUUCAGCUCCGACAUCCUGUCGGCAGUCGAUCAAGCUGUGGCUGAUGGAGUCAAUGUCCUCUCCAUCUCCUUAGGAGGAGGAGUCUCGUCCUAUUUUCGAGACAGUUUAUCUGUCGGCGCAUUCGGGGCGAUGGAGAAGGGAGUUUUCGUGUCCUGCUCCGCUGGGAAUGGCGGCCCUGAUCCAAUUAGCCUCACCAAUGUCUCACCUUGGGUGACCACCGUCGGAGCCAGCACAAUGGAUAGAGAUUUUCCGGCUACAAUUAAGCUCGGAAAUGGUAAAUCGGUGACCGGAGCUUCACUUUACAAAGGGCAGAGGAAACUCUCCGUAGUUAGUCAGUAUCCAUUAGUCUACCUCGGCGGAAACUCGAGCAAUAUAACGCCGAGCUCAAUGUGCCUCGAAGGAACACUCGACAGGCAUUCCGUGGCAGGAAAGAUAGUAAUUUGCGACAGAGGCAUCAGCCCUCGAGUCCAGAAGGGUCAGGUGGUUAAAGAUGCAGGCGGCAUUGGCAUGAUUUUAGCCAACACGGCGACUAACGGAGAGGAAUUGGUGGCGGAUUGUCAUCUUCUCCCGGCUGUUGCUGUCGGGGAGAGGACAGGGAAAAUGAUAAAGCGCUACGCCGCAUCAAGCAGAAAUGCUACCGCAACUUUAGCAUUCCUCGGAACCAAGUUAAGAAUCCGGCCAUCGCCUGUAGUGGCGGCGUUUUCCUCCAGGGGACCGAACAUCCUGUCCCUGGAGAUUCUAAAGCCCGAUGUGAUCGCACCGGGAGUGAACAUUCUUGCCGCCUGGACAGGGGAAUUGGGACCCUCCAGUUUGCCAACCGAUCAUCGAAGAACCAAGUUCAACAUCCUGUCCGGAACCUCAAUGUCCUGCCCACAUGUCAGCGGCAUUGCAGCAUUGAUCAAAUCCAGGCAUCCGGAUUGGAGCCCGGCGGCAAUAAAAUCUGCGCUGAUGACAACAGCUUACAUACACGACAACACCAAGAAUCCUCUCAAAGAUGCCUCAUCAGCUUUGCCUUCCACUCCUUACGACCACGGAGCAGGACACAUUCAUCCUGUGCAAGCCCUCGACCCUGGAAUGGUUUACGACAUCACACCACAGGAUUACUUCGAGUUUCUGUGUGCUCAGGGCCUUACAUCCUCCGAGCUUGCAGCCUUCACAAAAUUCGCUCACAGAACUUGCCGGCAUUAUCUGACCAGUCCCGGCGACUUGAACUAUCCAGCAAUCUCAGCUGUUUUCCCAGAGAGUGCAAAUGCCACCACAGUUUUGACACUCCACAGGACGGCCACCAAUGUCGGCCCGCCUGUUUCAAGUUACCACGCGGCAAUAUCGCCCUUCAGAGGCGUAUCGGUGAAGGUAGAGCCUGCAAGGUUGAACUUCAACAGCAGAGUUAAGAAGAUAACAUAUAAGAUAUCGUUCACGGUGAAAUCUAAGCAGAGUGCUCCAGAAUUUGGGGCUAUAAUCUGGAAAGAUGGGGUGCAUAGAGUAAGAAGUCCGAUCGCAAUCACAUGGCUAAGAUCAUUAUAAUCAUGUGUUUUUGUUGAAUUCUUCCGACGAGGAACGUGAAUGCAAGUUAUGGCUCAAUAAGGAGAUGUUUCUUGAAGAUCUUCGUGGCUUUGUACUUUUUUGUUGAAUGAAAACAAUGCUGUUCAUGUUCCUGUUCUAGCUAGGGUUUAUCUUAAUCAGAAUUCAACCUACGAAUUGCAGGAAAUUUCUACAACACCCCACA